UCCCUCUGGGAGGAGGCAAAAGCGAUUCUAAAACAGGGGCUCCCCAAAGUAUAGAAGUCAAUUAUAGAUACUGGUAAUUUAGGUCUCCCCAGUUUCACUUCAGUUUCUUACCUAAAAAGAAAAAGCCAAUGUUAACAAUUGAAGUGGUUUACUGUCUUACUAGUUUGGAAAGUUGAACUUGGCCAAGUUCUGUGAAAAUGUACACUUCAAAGUUGUCGAAAUGAAUAACAUUAAUAAUAUUCAAGAACUAUUGCACACUUUCCCACAAUCAAGGUCUUUGUAUUUAACACAUGAAUGCUCACUGCAAGCCCACAAGUGCCAGGAUCCUGCCAUGUUUUAAAAAUAAUGGAAAUAUGCAAAAACCAAAUGUAGGUUAUUUAUUCUGCCAAUGUGGUCUCAUAUGCUUGGAAUAUUAGUGCCCUGACCAAAGUCUGCCAUGUAUUAAACACAUACAGCAUCAGAGUCUAUUCCAUGAUCAGACAUAAGUGUGUGCCACCAUGCCUGGUCAGCUUAUUUUAAGAAAUGGAAUGAUGUUGAACUGAUCCCAUGGAAUUCCAUAACAGUAUUCUCUUAGACAGACUCUGAUCACAUUGGAUUCAUAUGCAGUGGUGUACUCUAGGAAACAAUCUCACAGUGUGGAGACAAAAUAAGGAAAAUUCCAAUGUAUUGUUUUUUCAUCAAAGGCUUCAGCCAAACAAAUGAAGUCAGGAGCUGGAUAGUGCUUAAGCAUUAAAGUUAGAGAAACAACAUAAAGUGGGUCACACUGUAAUCCUAGGCUUCUGUAAGGCUGAGGCAGGUAGAUUGGGAGUUAAAACCCAACUGGGGCAAGUUAACUGUCAUACUCAGCCAUUCCUCAGCAGCAGUGUGGGAUUAUCCUACGGACAGUAGCUUGGCUGGCUCAUCCUAAAUUGGACAGGAUGAUGGCGUAGGGAUUUAUCUUGGUAGGACAUUGGGUAAGGAACAGUCAUCAUCUAUUGCAGGCUCCUGAAGGGUGAUCUUUACAUCUGACAUCUCACGGUAGUGUCUCCAGAAUCCAGUUGCACAUCACUGCUCUCCCGAUAGACCUCCAGGCCUCUUAGAUUGCCUGCGAUGAUGCUUCCAAGUAUGGCCAGAGGACUGCUCCAACCUAGCUUUACUACUGCUUUAUCCUACAGUAUACCCAGUGUUGUCCAUGUUCAGGUCCUGAGACAGACGCUGUCCAGUCUGUUCUCUGUUCGUUGCUCUUCACUUUCGCACUGGAUUCAAACCCAAGCCUGGAUUCUCAGCGCCCCUGCCCAGUGCGUUCUCCAGUAUGGGCCUGGUGGUACUGUCUCUUAACUGGUUCUGUUUCUGGAAGAUGGUGCAGUCAUCCUCGGGCCAGCUUCCUGUAAGGAGCUGAGCAGGUGCCAGCUGCGGGCAGCACCAGCUGUGCUUCAGCUGAAACUUCACACGACUCUCGUAAUUAUCGUUGGAGCACUUUGCACUACGUAAGGGCCACCUUCCUGCUACGAAGCUGGCGCAUGUAUAUGACACAUCUCAAGGUUUUUCAGACUAUUUCCGUGUACCUUUAUUCUUUUUCCUUUACUGAGCCAUCCUUUCCUCGCACCGCGAUCCCGGGACAACGCACAUACGCCCUCCUCACCUUUCCUCAGGCAUCCGCCCUCCGCCUAGGAGGCCAUGUUGGUGAGUGACGUCACGCACUGUCGUCGGUGUGCUGACGUCACGCGCCGCGCCGGCGUUUCCUCAUGCACCUCCCGUUGGAGUCGCGCAGCCUGUCGGCGACAGUUACUCCGGCCAGUCUGAGUUCUGUUGAUGCUGAAGGCUGGCAGCGGCGAGAAUGCAAGGCGAGGCCUAAGAGAGCCCUCAUUUUUCUGACGGAAGCCGCCUUGUUUUCGUUUUGCUGACUAGCCUCGGCCCCGCCUCCGAGCGCCCCAGCGGUCUCCCAGGCAACGAGGCGCCGCGCGGCCCGGCCGGUGGCGGCGCGCGUGCGCGGAGGGCCCUGCGGCCCGAGAGCGGCCGCCGGGGUCCCGGCGAGGAUGGCGCGCGAGUGCGCGGGGGACGAGGCGCGGCUGCAGGCGAUGCUCCGGCAGCUGUUCCGCAGCGUGAAGGAGCGGAUCACGGGCGCGCCGUCCCUGGAGUGCGCGGAGGAGGUGCUGCUGCGCCUGGAGGAGACGGACGACGGCUUCCACAACUAUGAAUUUGUGAAAUACCUGAGGCAGCACAUUUGCAGCACUCUGGGGCCUAUGAUUGAAGAAGAGAUGGAGAAGUGUGCGUCUGAGCAGCGCCCAGGCGAGGAGCCGGGCUACGACACGCUGGUGCAGCAUGUCUCCAGGAGGAUCCAGGAUUCCCGAGAGUACAAAGACAUGCUGCAUUCCCUGAAGAGCGUCCUGGCGGCCACAGUGGAGUACAUGAGCAGUGGGCUUGAUGCAGAGGAGGUGCGCUGCCUCGAGAGGCAGAAGAAAGCCCAUAGAGAGAGGAGUGGUAGCUACUGCACCGACAACUGCUCUGACAGCGACUCUUCUUUCAACCAGAGUUACAAGUUCUGUCCGGGAAAGUUACAGCUGAUCGUAGACCAGUUGGAUCCCCGGCAGCCUAAAGAGGUGAGAUACGAAGCCCUGCAGACCCUGUGCUCUGCUCCUCCCUCUGAUGUCCUGAACUGUGAGAACUGGACCACGCUCUGCGAGAGGCUGAUGGCCACGCUGUCUGACCCAGACCCUGUGUUCAGUGACCGGAUUUUGAAGUUCUCUGCGCAGACAUUUACACUGCUACCACUGCACAUGACCAAGGAGAUUUACACAAGCUUAGCAAAAUAUUUGGAGCUGUACUUCCUUUCUAGAGAAAAUCACAUUCCUACGCUUGCAACAGGUGUAGAUGUUACGAACCCUCAUGUGACCCGCUUACUUAGAAAGGUCCGUCUUCUAAAUGAGUAUCAGAAGGAGGUGCCAUCUUUCUGGAUCCGUCACCCAGAGAAGUACAUGGAGGAGAUCGUGGCGAGCACUUUGUCCUUGCUGUCGGUUAAACAUGACCCAAGCCGUCUCGUCUCACCGAAGAAUUUAGACCCGAUCUACUUUUUUGCAUUGGUUGAUACUAAGGCCGUGUGGUUCAAAAAGUGGAUGCAUGCACAUUACAGCAGAACCACAGUACUAAAACUUCUUGAGAAGAAGUACAAGUCUCUGGUGACAGCUGCAGUCCAGCAGUGUGUGCAGUACUUGGAACUGUGUGAGACCAUGAAAGCUGAUGAACUUCUGGGGCACACAAGGCAUUGCGGGGACAAACAGAAAACUCUGCACUACUCGGGACAAGAAGCACAGUAUGUGUAUUUCAUUCACUCACUGUGCCUUCUAGGAAGAUUGCUGAUCUAUACUCAAGGCAGAAAACUAUUUCCUGUAAAGCUGAAGAACAGAAAAGACUCAGUCUCCCUUACGGACCUGCUGGUUCUGUUUACUCAGCUCAUCUAUUACUCACCAAGUUGUCCAAAGACGACAGCAGAUGUGUAUUCAGAGGACUGUUCUCCUGCGCACAUGGUGAUGGAGAUUCUGCAGAUUCUCUGUGAUCAGAAAGAGUGCGCCGCGGAGUGCCUGCACAGCAGUGCCGUGAUCGGCACACUGCUGCAGCCGGUGCACAGCCUCCUGAAGGGGCCUGAGGCUGCUCCAGAUUGCUCAGAAGCAGCCUUAAUCUGCACAGCUGAGAUCCUGGCAAGAAUUGCUUCUGCAGAAGAAGGACUUGCUUUCCUUCUGUAUGGCGAAAACAUGAACUCUUCUAAAGAGGAAAGCCCGCCAGGUGCUCACAUCAUUGCCCAGUUCACAAAGAGACUUCUGGAUGGGGAGAUUUCUGUGUUUCCCGGAUCAGCGCUGCGGCCCGCGGUGCAGGGUGCGUUUGUGUCUGUGUGCUGUCAGAUGUACGGCACCUGUGAAGGGCUGCAGGCACUGCUUCCUCACAAUUUACAGGAGUCUAUAGCGCAGGCGUGGAGGAAGACACGUUUGCCAUCAGAAAGAAUUCCUUCACCAGUGCCGGGCUCUCAUUCUGUUUCCUCAGUGAGCCAGGGACAUCGAAAUGCUAUGGCUUGGGAAGAGAAUUUGUUAGAUGAUUUACUAAAUUUCGCUGCUACCCCCAAAGGAUUGCUGCUUCUUCAAAGAACAGGUGUAAUCAAUGAGUGUGUGACAUUUAUGUCCAACCAAUAUGCCAAAAAUUUACAGGUGAGCAGGCGGAAGAAGGCCGACUAUGGAGUUGUGCUCGCGCAGGUGGCGUCCACAGCAGUUGGGGCGGCAGCACUGCGAGACUCAGGGUUUGUUAGUGCACUCGUUGCUGCUCUGUGGUCCAGUCUGGAGUGUGGAGGCGAUGAUGCAAGAGUGACCCACCCAAGGGCCACGCCAGUGGACCCCAUUGACCGCAGCUGUCAGAAGGCAUUUCUGGCACUGGUGAGCUUGCUGUCCUCCCCAGCCGUGUAUGAACUGCUGGGCCUUCAGGAGCUUCCGAACAGGGCAGAGUACUCACUCCGCGAAGUCCCCACGAGUGUCACGAACGCCCUGGGCUCGAGGCUCCUGUUGCUUCCUGCGGAGUCCACUGCCCUCGCUGAGCGCAGGAUCAGCUUCUGCAUUCAGGGCUUCCUGUUCAACAAGGAAGAAUCACUGACACUGCCCAAUAAAAACUCGCUGUGCUUUUAA